AUGACUUCUGCUAUUAUUCAAAGCGAUUAUGAUGUUAACAACAUUAUUGGGACUGAACAUGGAAUACAAUAUUCAACUGCUAUUGACUCAAAUUCUCAACCAUCCGCUUCAAUUCCAGAUGAAGAAGUUCAAUAUUCUAUGUGGAAUAUGUUUAAAAGACACAUUCCUCGACUUAUUUUAACUGUUCUCGUGGAUAUUGUGAUACCUCUUGUUCUCUAUUUCGUCUUACAAAAGUACUUGUUAUCGGUUUAUGCUUUGUUGAUUGCAGGAUGUCCAGCACUUAUUAUGGUUAUUGUUAAAGCUGUAUGGUCGCGAACAUUUGAUGGUAUUGGUUUUCUGGUAUUUAUCGGUUUCUUUAUCUCGGCUAUAGUCGCUAUUAUUACUAAAAAUGCUCGUGUACUAGUAUUUGAAAAAUCUCUUAUUACUGCUGUCAUGUCUGCGAUAUUCUUGGUUAGUUUAAUACCAUUUCAUAUAAGAUGUGGACAACGAGUUAAUUUGAAACUGAGACCAUUGGUCUAUUAUUUUUAUAUGGAUUUAAUACCAAUGGGAAAGAGGCAAGCUGGUCUUAGUCGAGUAAUCAUUGUUGAUCAACAUGAUAAUAGAUAUAGAGAAUUGCAAGAAGAAAUAGAUGAUAUACAGCAGACAACUUCUGAAAGACUGAUUGAACCAUCUAAAGAGGAAGUAGAGGCUGUUUAUGAUUGGAUUUAUCAUCAUUGUUCAAGUUUUCGAUAUUCAUGUUAUGGUCUUACAAUUCUUUGGGCUAUUGGAUUUAUGGUUGAGUUUGGGGGGCGAUUAGCGCUCGUUUUUGCUCAUUUAUCAGUGAAUAUAAUUGUUCUCUACGCUAAUGUGAUGUUGGCAGUUGUUGCAUCACUAUGUGCGCUUUCCUCGAUGAUUAUUAUCAUUAUUGAAAGACGACAAACAAUGAAUCAAAUUAAACAAUGGCAAUUAGAAAACUUACAUCAUACUCCUACUGCUGUUACCCAUAUGCAAGUUUAG